AGACUCAGUAAAUCGAGACGGGCAUAGAUGAUGGUUUAUUUUUGUUAUCGUGUGUCUGUGUGAGUUGUACACUUACUAAUGUCUGCAGCUCUUUGCAUGGCCUAUCGAUAUAUCGUUGUCAGUAUGUAAUUAACAUACCGUAACACGUCUUUUCAUUUAGCAACUUUCUAUCCAACUAUGCCACGGUAGGUAGCCUACCUGCCUUGAGGGUGAGUGAGUAGUAGUGCAAUCUACGGUUGACUGAGCAUUGAGCAAAGGUGAUUUAUCGACUUGGAACAGACUCCUUAUCCCGGCCCGAAUAGUUGUCGUCAGCAAACCGUGCGGCUACUUUAUGAUCAGACAAUCCUUGGCCACCUAAUAAACUUUGUACAAGGUUUCACUGAUAUAUGUACUACGCGCUGCAUUUGCUCUUGAGAAGUUGCUGGCUGCAGCAAGUUUGAAGGGAUUGCUGGUGGAUAGGCUGUAAUUAUUUCCCCGUUUUAAACCAAAGACAUGAAGAGGAGACUUCUGUUGGUAUCAAAUUCAACUCUCUAUGGGGGAGGAUAUCUUGAACACUGUCAGGCACAGAUUCAAGACUUUUUUGGAAAGGAGGUGAAGCGGGUUCUGUUUGUCCCCUACGCCCUACAUGACCGAGAUGCCUACACCAACACUGCCAGAGCCAAGCUCAAGGCCUUAGGUUAUGAGGUUGAUGGGGUGCACGAGGCAGCGGAUCCUGUACAGGCUGUGAAGAAAGCUGAAGGCAUUUUCAUUGGAGGGGGCAACACAUUCCGUCUGCUCAAGGCCCUUUAUGACAACAAGCUGGUGACUGAAAUCAGGAAGCGUGUCUUUGAUGAUGGUAUCCCUUACAUGGGCUCCAGCGCUGGUACCAACGUCUCCACCUUCAGCAUCAACACCACCAACGACAUGCCCAUCGUCUACCCGCCCACCUUCGCUGGCAUCGGCCUCGUGCCCUUCAACAUCAACCCCCACUACAUGGACACAGACGACAACAGCAGACACAUGGGCGAGACUCGAGAGCAGCGCAUCACUCAGUACCAUGAGGAGCCCAACACCCCAGUCGUCCUGGGUCUGAGAGAGGGAUCCAUGCUGCUGGUGGAAGGCAAGAAGGUCACACUGCUCGGGACCACAAGAGCACGACUGUUUACUCCGGGGAAACCAGCUGUGGAGUACGACCCAGGAAAUGACCUCAGCUUCCUCAUGGACACGGAGAGGGCAUCCGUGUUUUGAGGACCGGACCGGAGCUGACCAGAACCAGACACCACUGCCAGGCCCUGUGGCCACUGUCCACGUGUUAUGUAAGAGAGAGCAUGUGAUUUGGAGAAAAUAAACACUUCCAAAGCACUGGACUUUAA